AUGACAACCGUUCCUGCUACAAGUGGAAACACAGCUAGUUUCGAUUCAUCGUUUCCUCCGUCUGAGAGACCUUUUUUCUUUCUUCCUCCAUUAAAGCGCUUUCCUCGAUUUUUCAUAAGCUUUGCAACAAUGCCGGGCGAGAAGCUUAAACAUUCUUCACCUGACACCCUUUCCUCCUCCUCCUCUGCCGACUCCGUCCGCCUCCUUUCCCGGGAAACCCUUCGCAUCAGUGCCUCUCUCGUCUCCCCUCCUGAUGAUCUCUUUCCUCCAUCUCCACAAUCUCUUCCCGAUUCUCACUUUCUUCAUUCAACUCUGAAAUUGAUCUGCUGCGAGGAAAUCGAUGGUCAAAGAUGGAAAUACUUUGCCGAGAGCGAUGGUUUUGGGAGAUUCAAGAAGAAUUCCGUCCGUGCUAUAAGUUUGGAAUCUCCUAAGACUCCUUUUGAUGUAUGUCAGGAAGUAGGUUCGUUUCUCAGAUCUUAUGUUGUACCCGAAGGAUUUCCAGAAAGUGUUAAUGAAUCUUAUGUUCCUUACAUGACAUUUAGAGCUUUGAAGCAUUUCUUUGGUGGAGCCAUGGGUGUGUUUACAACUCAAACACUUUUGAAUUCAGUUGGAGCAUCAAGAAACAGUUCUGCUUCUGCUGCUGUUGCCAUCAAUUGGAUUCUCAAGGAUGGUGCUGGGCGUGUUGGAAAAAUGCUUUUCGCACGGCAGGGAAAAAAAUUCGAUUAUGAUUUGAAGCAGUUACGGUUUGCUGGAGAUCUUUUAAUGGAGCUGGGUGCUGGUGUAGAGUUGGCCACUGCUGCAGUUCCACACCUCUUUCUUCCACUAGCUUGUGCUGCUAAUGUUGUUAAGAAUGUUGCAGCUGUAACAUCGACGUCUACUCGAACACCAAUCUAUAAAGCCUUUGCUAAAGGAGAGAACAUUGGAGAUGUCACUGCUAAAGGAGAGUGUGUUGGUAAUAUUGCAGACCUGAUGGGCACUGGAUUUAGUAUUUUGAUAUCCAAAAAAAAUCCUUCGUUGGUCACAACCUUUGGUCUUCUAUCAUGUGGCUAUCUUAUAAGCUCAUACCAAGAGGUUAGAUCUGUAGUAUUGCAUACACUAAACCGUGCGAGAUUUACAGUAGCAGUGGAGUCUUUUCUCCAAACGGGGAGGGUUUCCUCACUACAGGAAGGCAAUAUCCAAGAAAAGAUAUUCACUUUACCAUGGGUGCAGGAUCAGUCAGUGAUGCUUGGAGCCAAAUUUAAAGAUGCAUUCCAAGAUCCGAGCACAUAUCUUGCAGUAAAACCUUUUUUUGACAAAGAAAGAUACAUGGUGACAUACAACCAUACCAAGGGUAAAGUCUAUGCACUGCUCAAGCAUCAGGCAAAUUCGGAUGACAUUCUCAAAGCGGCUUUUCAUGCACAUGUACUUCUUCAAUUCAUGAAUCAAUCAAAAGUUGGUACCCCAAAAUCAUUGGAACAACCAGAUCCUGUUUUUGCUCCUAUGGACUAUGAAUUCGAGUCUCGAAUCGCUGAGUCAUGUGAAAUAGUUUCUACCUCGUAUGACAUAUUCAAAAGCAAGGCUGCAGAACAGGGUUGGAGAAUGUCAGAAUCUCUGCUUAAUCCUGGACGGGCUAGAUUAUGUCAUUGGAAUGAAGAGAUGGAGUAAACAAUGCCGUGGACCUGAAUCGGUUUUGAUAAUAAAUUACUCAAUACUAAACUUUGUUGUUUUGGUUUUCUCAGCAAAAGAAAUGAAACCAACAUUAGAUUGAUACACGUUUUACGAAUCAUACUGUAAAAAUAAAAUGAUAGUAUGUAUCAUUUUUAAAUUGUGGGUAGCACUUUACAUUGGUGUAAUUUAACAGAUCUUGUUUGUGUAAUAUUAUUCUCACCUUAUAAUGUUCCAUAUUGUUAUAUCAUGUAACUAUUAAAUAAAUCAUAUAACUAUUAAGUAAAU